AUGGCGGGCGCACAUCAUUUCCAUAGUAAUGGUGAGCAUGGCAGAGCCCCCACACCCAUCGUGGUUCCUGGGCCCAGAGACUGCUUGGGUCCAGCCACAGAUGUGGACUUUGCAGCCUUGAAGGCAGUGGUGAGGCUUGCUGAACCAUACCUCUGUGACUCUCAAGUGAGCACUUUUACCAUGGAGUGCAUGAAGGAGCUCCUCGAUCUGAAGGAACAUCGGCAUUAUAACAUUCUUGAAGACCAAGUUUCAUCAGGACUUAUUGUUGACUACCACAAUCUGUUGUCUCAAUGUGAGGAGAGUUACAGGAAAUUUUUAAAUCUGAGAAGCAGUUUUUCAAAUUGUAACUCUGAUUCCCAGCAGGAAAAUAUCUCUGUGGUGGAAGGGUUAAACUUUUAUUCAGAAAUGAAACAGUUGAAACAAAAGCUGAAACUCAUUAAGAAUCCUUUGUUGAGGUAUGUGUUUGGUUAUCAGAAGAAUUCUAAUAUCCAAGCAAAGGGUGUCCAUUCCAGCGGUCAGAAGAUCACUCACGUGGUUUCCUCCACUAUGAUGGCUGGUCUCCUGCGGUCCCUGCUCAUGGACGGGCUUUGCCAGGAGCCCGGUGAGGAAGGAAGAGAAGUUCAGUUCCGUAGUGAUCCACUAUCUGCUAUAAAUGCCUGCUUCGAAGGUGACACUGUUAUUGUUUGUCCUGGCCAUUAUGUGGUACAUGGCACUUUCUCCAUUGCUCACUCCAUUGAGUUGGAAGGAUAUGGCCUACCAGAUGACAUUGUGAUAGAAAAGAGGGGCAAAGGGGACACUUUUGUGGACUGCACCGGUGCUGAUAUUAAAAUCUCAGGCAUAAAAUUUGCUCAGCACGAUGCUGUAGAGGAAAUCUUAAUUGUUCACCGUGGUAAGACUACGCUGGAAAACUGUGUGCUGCAGUGUGAGACGACCAGUGUCACAGUGCGGACAUCGGCAGAAUUUGUAACAAAGAACUCGGAUUUCUGUGGCGCCAAGGUAGAAGCUCUUGGAGAAGUAGUUUGGGUUUAA